GGAAUAUCCAGAUUUUUAUAUAAAACUAUAUGCACUGCUGGAACCUAAUAUUUUUCAUGCAAAAUACAAACCAAGGUUCUUUAUACUCCUAGACAAGUUCUUAUCUUCUUCACACAUUCCAGAAUACCUUGUUGCUGCAUUUGUUAAACGCUUGGCCCGGUUGACUUUGGUAGCUCCAGCCCCAUGUUUAGUUCUUGUUCUUAAGUUUAUUGUGAACUUACUUCUGCGAUUUCCAGGAUUAAAGAAGCUGAUUCAUAAUCCAUUUGUAAAAGGUAUGGAAGAUGAUCCCUUUGAUGCUUGUGAACCAGACCCAGUAAAAUCCAAAGCUUCAGAAAGCAGUUUGUGGGAGGUUGCUACUCUACAAAAUCAUGUACUUCCAGCUAUAUCUAAAGUUGCAGGAUUCAUAAACAAAAAUCUCCCAGACAUAGAAUAUGGUAUUGGUAAUCAUGUAGAAACAACUUAUGAAGAGAUUUUUGAGUAUACUUGUAAAAUCCAAGUUCAUGAUGGUGUUGCGACUACUUUUCAUAAGCCAAGAGAGUUUUUCAUAUAUGAGGAUAACAAGCUUUCUAGUGCAUGGGCAUUAAUUUGAAAAUAUUAUUCUAUCUUUGCUUGAUGUUUUAUGUAUUUAUAAGAAAAUCAAUAAAGUAUGAAGCUACA